AUGCGGCCUAAGGAUUUUAGCCGUGUGAUCCCAAAACCUGUUGUGCUGUUAGUAUACAUCAACGGCGAACGCGCCAGAGCAUUGCUGGAUACGGGGUCAAUGGCUGACUUCAUGUCGACCACUUUGGUGGACCAACUGGGCCUGAAAAAGGAUAUUUUGGCGAAACCUUUGCCUGUGCAGCUCGCUGUACAUGGUUCCCGGUCUAAGAUAAAUUGUUCCGUCAUGGCUGAAUUUUCCUAUCAGGAUAUACGAUGUCAGCGACGCUUCGACGUAGUGAACCUGGAUAAUUACGACAUUAUAUUAGGAACACCGUUCUUGUUUCAACAUCAAGUGGCGAUAGGGUUGAACCCUACCCGAGUUUCUAUUGGCUCCCUGAGUCCGGUAGACAUCCGAGGGGAGGACGUGGCAGUCGUUUCGUCAGCUGCAGCUGACCUGCUUGAGGACGAGCUGGAAAAGAUACGUGAGCAAUUGAAACGGGAAGCGGCGGACUUGUGCCAAGACGGUGCGAACGCGGAGCUGCCGCCGCUUAGAGAAAUAAAUCACACUAUUCCACUCAUAGAUGAGACGAAAGUGUACUCAUGGAGACCGUCCAAAUGCCCUGAAGCUCUCAAGCCUAUUUGGGCGGAGAAGAAGAGGGCGUACCUGGCCUCU